CAUUUACUUGCAAUAAUGGCCAAAAGAACCCAAGCCAUCCUUCUUCUUCUCCUAGCAAUCUCACUGAUUAUGUCCAGCUCUCAUGUUGAUGGUGGUGGCAUUGCCAUUUACUGGGGUCAAAAUGGCAACGAAGGAACUCUAACACAAACAUGCUCCACACGCAAAUAUUCUUACGUGAAUAUAGCCUUUCUCAAUAAAUUUGGCAAUGGUCAAACCCCACAAAUCAACCUUGCCGGCCAUUGUAACCCGGCUGCUGGAGGUUGCACCAUUGUCAGCAAUGGCAUCAGGAGUUGCCAAAUCCAAGGAAUUAAGGUGAUGCUUUCUCUUGGCGGUGGGAUUGGAAGCUACACCCUGGCCUCUCAAGCUGAUGCAAAAAACGUAGCAGACUAUUUGUGGAAUAAUUUCUUGGGUGGGAAAUCUUCUUCCCGUCCCUUAGGUGAUGCUGUAUUGGAUGGUAUUGAUUUUGACAUAGAGCAUGGUUCAACCCUGUACUGGGACGAUCUUGCACGUUACUUAUCUGCAUAUAGCAAGCAAGGCAAGAAGGUGUAUUUAACUGCAGCUCCUCAAUGUCCAUUCCCUGAUAGAUAUUUAGGGACUGCCCUUAAUACUGGUCUUUUUGACUAUGUAUGGGUUCAAUUCUAUAACAAUCCACCAUGCCAGUAUAGCUCAGGUAACAUUAACAACAUCAUUAACUCGUGGAAUCGAUGGACCACAUCUAUAAAUGCAGGGAAAAUAUUUUUGGGGUUGCCGGCAGCUCCUGAGGCAGCCGGAAGCGGAUAUGUUCCACCGGAUGUGCUGAUUUCUCGGAUUCUUCCUGAAAUAAAGAAGUCACCUAAGUACGGAGGUGUUAUGCUUUGGUCAAAGUUCUACGAUGAUAAGAAUGGCUAUAGUUCCUCCAUUCUGGAUAGUGUAUUGUUCCUCCAUUCUGAAAAGUGUAUGACACUUUGAAUUGGGAGAAAUUAUUCGGUGCACUCGGUGCAUAUGCACUAUCUCUUAUAAUUAUGUGUGAUCUAUUCUUUAUAUUAUAAUAAGGAGAGUGCACUUUUCUGUGAAAGAGGGAGUACUAUGUUUUAGUACUCUCGGUGUAUCUAAUAAUUAGGCUUGAAUAAAUAAUGUUUUGCUUGGCCUAAAUUGAUGUGAGUUACCUCUUUAAAGCAAAUUAUAUAAAAUAAUAUAAGUCUUUAAUAAUUAAUAAUAAA